UUUUACGCAGCCAAUGGUUACGCGUUACGCACUAGUGACGCUUUACCUAAUAGCCAAUGGGCAGUCAAAAAAAGAGUUUAUAUAUACAGUUUGAGGUGUUUACUGUACACAGUACAUCAGUACAGUAUAGUACAGUAUAGUACAGUACAUACUCCAGUACAUACUCCGUGCAUGUUGGUGCUUUGCCUUUGUUUCGAAGUUAUGGCUAAACGAACAGAGAAGACGCGGUUUUCAGCCUUGGAAGCUGCGGAAAUAUGUACGAGAAGGCUGAGUGACACCUCGGACCAGGAGCUGUCGGAACCGGAGAGCGAUGUGUCCGCGGUGGACUCAGUGGAAGAAGAAAUGUUUUUUGAGGGAUUGGAUGCCAUUUUGGAUCGGCAAAAUGACUCUGACCCUGAUUGGGAACCAGACACUGAAGUUUUGGCUGAGGUGCAUGUGGAAAUUGAUGACCCUGAACUGACUUCAGUGCCUGCAGCCGAACCAGAGCCGGGCCCUUCCUCAAAGAUUCCCCGGGUUGAGAAAACAGCAAAAAGAGGCAGAGGACGGAGUUUGAAGUGUAAGAGCAUUAUCCGGCUGUAUGUUUACACGAACAUCAUCAGCACGCUGAGGCCAGACGUCUUGCUGGUCUCAGAGAGCACCAAAAACAUCGUAAUCAUGGAGCUGACAGAGCCGUGGGAGGAACGCUUGGAAGAGGCCCCUGAAAGAAAGAGGUCCAAGUAUGAACAGCUGACAUCGACUGCCGAGCUCAGGCCUGGAAGGCAAAAUGUAUGCCCAUCGAGGUUGGCUGCAGAGGAUUUGUGGGCCACUCACUCCACAGAGCCCUCACUCAAUGCAUCGGGCAUAGCAGGAACAGCAAGGGCCAGAGACAUCAAAAACACUAUCAAAGGAGCCGAGAAAGCGUUGAGAUGA